UAGACAUUUUUUAAUAUCAAUCCCAGCUGGCAAACACAUUUCGAGCUGGGCAACAAAUAUAUCUAUAUAUCUAUAUAUAUAUAUACAUAUAUUCAUUCUGAAAGCAACAAAAAUUUGUAUAAAUUCUAAACAAUCAAGAAGAAUGUCGCAGUUUUGGGAACGCUAUAUACGCCCCGGGCUCAGCCAGGUCGGUCGCAAUCUGAACCUGAUCGGCGGCAAUGCCAGCGGCUCGAUGCUAUGGAAGCGUGUCACAUUCCUGGUGGCCACGCCGGCAAUUGCCCUGUGCAUGAUCAAUGCCUAUCGUUCCAAGCCCGGGGAGCAGCCGCGCCAACCGUUUGUCAAGUACGAGCAUCUGCGUCGUCGCAACAAACGCUUCCCGUGGGGCGAUGGGGAGCGCAGCCUGUUCCACAAUCCCAAUGCAAAUGCAUUGACCGAAGGCUACGAGGUCUAAGCCACACAGAUCGGGAGCUCAAGGGAUAUUCUAAAGGGGAUUUACGAUUGUUUCGAUUAUGGGUUCGUUUUGUUAUCAUUUAUCAGCUGUUUCCAGAAUCGAGCAGAACCAGCAAUAACCGGAAGUACUAACCUAUGCCAAUGUAUAUUACUGCAUUCGCAAGAUAUGUAACGAAAAUAAAACUGAACCGAAACGCGCACAGACACAAACACACA